AAGCUGCCAGCAGAGAUGGAGAGCGCUUUGCGGUCGCAGUAGGGACAUCAGACUUAAGCGCGCUUACACAUAGAAACACACACAGUGAGACGCAUAGAGGGGGAAAAAAAAUCUCUUUGUUUCUUUAUCGACCCUCAGCCUCCAGCAGGCUCAUGGAGAGCGGAGCCCUGCUUGUCCGCACCGGGGGCAGGUUGAUCGGAUGCCUUUCACCACAGCAGCGCCGUUAGAUGUUUUCCAUUCAGGAUUAAUUGGUUGACCAAUGGCUCCUAAACAUGCGCUCCUCUCCAGCAGCAGCAGCGGCAGCAGUGGCCCCGGGGUCGAUGGGAUAAAUGUUAAAAAAGACCCCUGCUCUUCCUCUCCGACGGCAUGGAUCCUGGAUGCGCGGAUGGUGGCCGUGUGCACGCCGAAGAACUGGAAGAGGACACGGGCGCUGAAUGGGAUGACGGCCCGAUGGUUUGUGACCAUCGGCACGGUGCUGAUGCUGAUGAUGCAGAGCUCCUUGGCCGCUGACGCUGAGGGAGGUCAUCGUGAGUCAAUGCGGCGGGGUGUUUUGCCUCCGGACCCCGCAGCGCCCUCCAACCUCUCAGCAAACCCCGGGAUUGGAGACAGAGUUGGGGCUGAAGACAAAGAUGAGAUGGAUGGGUCUGACGUCGGUCCUGGAGCUUGGUCCGAGGGCAAAGUGUUCACCGAGGCCAGAACAGCGGUUUGGACUGAAACAGAGUCAGGAGUGCGUGCUCGAGCAGGUGGCAAAGUCUUUGCAGAGACUGAGAUUAUGAGGGGAACCGGUGCCUGGGCUGAAGUCGGGGCUGAAUGGAGGCCAGUGGACAGAGCGGGGGGUGACCUGCCAAACAUGCCCAGGGACCCAGCUGCCUGGCUGGGGCAGCAGAGGCUGCGUCCGCGUGGAGAGGGCCAAAGAGAGCAGGCAGCUUUUUCAUCAGUCCUCACCAUGCUGGCAGAGACAGCAGAGCUUCAGGCUCCAGUGGUGGGAAAACCGUUGGGGCUGCUGUCUAAAGCUGCAUGGACCAAGAGCUCCUCUUCUUCUUCAUCCAAGGCCUCCUCCUCUUCUUCCUCUUCCUCCUCUACGACAAAAGCAUCCUCUUUGCCUUCCUCCUCCUCCUCACCCAGUAACAAAGACACGAGGACAGCAGGAUCAGACAACGCCUCUCUGGUUGCUGUCAACAGCAGCUCGUCCAACAGCAACAGCAGCUUCAGUCUGGAGGAGUCAGUGAGCAGCCUCCCGGCCUGGGACCUCCCCACUGUCCCCGAGUCACUCCUGUCCACAGUGGGCGACCAUGAUGUCACACUUCCUGCUAAUGUCACCAGCCCUUUCUCCACCCACCAGUGGAACACCACCGUGCCCGUGCGCACCAGGAACACCUCGCGGUACACAACCACAUCAAGCACCACCAUAAGGACGUCUCCAUCACCCACCACCGCGUCAACUUCACCGUUAUCCACAACGGCAAGACAACAAACGCCACCGGAACCCACCGCGGGUUCAAACGACACAAGCCAGGACACUGUGACCAGCGACAGCCUUCAGCUGACGACGGUAACCAUGACGACGCCCUCGACGACCACUCUUACUGUGACCGCCGAUGAGGCGACAACGCAGGCGGCGACCACUGUGAGCGCUGUAAGGCCAUUACCACCAAAUAUCACCGCUGCUACAACCACGCAGCAAACGACGAGCCUCAAACUGACCACAGCGGCCAUGACUCAGCCUACAACAACCACAACCACCACACCUGCCCCUACCACCACCACUACUGUACCCCCAACCACCAUCACUACCACCACCACUACUACUACUCCUUCUCCCACUACUACUACUACUACUACUACUACACAUGCUACUACUACUGCUGCCACCACCACCACUACUACUACAACUACAACCUCAACAACAAAGGUACCUGUCACCACUGUGUUCAUCCCGGGACACACCACACCACCUCUAACCACGACCACAGAACCUCCCUCCAGCACCACUGCAGAGGAAAGUCCUCUACCGUGCAACGUGACCGAGAAGUAUUGGGUCAGAACAGUUUUGUCCAUCGAGCUGCGCAGGAACCGCCUGGACCUGAUCCUUAAACAGAAUCUCUCUAAAGGCCUGAGCCACGCCCUGCAGAGAGCCUUGAAUGACUCCACUGCCUACGCGCAGGUGGAACGUGAUGACUGCAGCCCCCACAACGUGACGCUGGGUUACUACGUGACCAGUGGCAAAACUGUCUACAUUUCCUCCUUGGUGGUUGAGGCGCUGAAUGUUUACGGUUUUGACAAGCUGCUGUCAGACAUUAGGCAGCAUAUCCCAUUGGUUAAGGCAGUUCUGGUUCCCGUGGCAACCUGGAUGCCCACUCCGAGCAUUCACCUGCAGCUGAAAACAGUGUUGAGGUUCGUCGGCCCGACAGACAACGUCUACUCCUGCAGUUUUGUCCAGAUGUUGGAGCAGAGGCUUGAGAAUGCCUUUGAUGAAGCUCAGGACAAAGUGCUGGAGACCUACAACAGGCUCACUGUGGAGAUCCAGAGCGUUUCCCAGGAACCGGGCUCUCCGUCGGUCACUCUGGUGUACGUGGUGAAGAAUCAGGACGCGAUUCUUAACGGGACAAUCUCCAGCGGUCUCCUCAACCAGCUGACUGCUGAGCUGGUGGGCUACUUCCUGUUCUACCCACCCCUGGUCAUUGCUGAGCCCCUUGAAUACCAUAAUCUCAACACAUCGAUGGCAACCAAGAACUACUGGGUGAUAACAGUGAUCCAGGAUGUGGACAGUUCCUCCCUGGAGGCCAACUACCAGAGCUUCGCCAGCCUGAUGGAGCAGCGGCUGGCUGAGCUCUUCCUGGUGGCCGGCAGGCAGGGCUCUCGGACGGCACGGUCCCGGCGGGCCACCACUGUAGGGGGCUACACCGUACAGAUGGUGAGCAUGCGUCGACUGCCUGGUCCCAAGAACCCAGCGGAGAUGACCUACUACGCCCAGCUGAACGGAGCACCCAUCACUGGAACCACCGCUGCAAAGACCCUCAGCAGUCUGGACUCCCAGACCAUGGCUCUGACGCUGGGGUACUUCGUACAAGUGCAGGCUGAACCUGUGGUAAAGACGCCGCCCAGCAACCUGUGGAUCAUGGCCGUUUUGACGCCUCUCUUUCUGUUGGUGGUGGUGAUCGGCAUGGUGGCCUUCAUUUUGUGUAAGAGGAACAGGGUCAUCUUCAAAACUGGCGCCUUUAGGACCUUCAAAACUCGCUCCAAGACCUCAUACCGAAGGGAGGGCAGUUACCACCACCAGCCUGUCCAGGGAUUCGACUACGCCAAGAAGCACAUGGGUCGAACGGGUGAUGAGGCCAUCUCUGUUACUAAGGAAACACUGGUGCUGGGGCUGCCCGUGCGAGAUGCUCCGUUGUCAUUGUCUUUGGAUAAGAAGGUCCACCAGGAUGGGACUGCCAGUAAGAGGCCUCCAUCUGCGGACAUACACAAAGGAGGACGGUUGCCAAGUGAGGAGGACGGCUCGGUGUCGAGUAACGGCUCAGGGAAGCUGAACACCAGCAAGAGCUCGUCAGCCCGUAGGACGGCGACCGGCAGCAGUACGAAGAAUGGCAAGGAGGAGCUGCACAAGAGGAGCGCCAACGACCCGUACGAGGACCAUUCAGGCUCUCUGCGUCUCAUCACCAUUAAACCCAUGACAGCCCAGCCAACCUACUCCUACCCCUCCUCCUCCUCCCACAGCCAAGACUCUGUGGUCCUCAACGGGGAGGCAAACCAUGGUGGGCUGAAGCAGAAGUCGGACAUCGAGCACUACAGGAACAAACUGCGUCAGAAGGCCCGGAGAAAGGGCUACGGAGAGUUCUCGCUGUCUGAGACCGGUAGCCACGGUUACAGUCACCGUGACACCAGGCAUAGUCGGCAUGACAAUGGGGUCAAGGAGCCGAUGACCGCAGAGGAGAAGAGGGCCUCCUUUGCAGGAUGUCAUAAGAGGUACUCCCACCCACGGGAGCCGACCUACUGGAGCAGACAGUCUCUGAGCAGCCCGAGCCCAGUGGAGACGGAGAUGGACCUGCUGGUGCUGAGAGAGAGAUCCAGACGGGGCAUCCGUAACAACGGCUACGACGGCGAACCAGAACCGUUCGAGGAGACCAACGUGGACCGUCUGAUGAGCUCUCUGGGUUACGGAGGUGGAUCCACUGGCACCGGGAACGGCAGCUUGGGGGUGAAAGCUCACCGCGGCUCCGACUCCUCCACACUCAGCUCUCAGCCGUCCAUUGAUGAGGUCCGCACGCAGAUGCAUAUGUUGCUAGGCAACGCCUUCAGUCUGGCACCUCCGGACCACGACCCGCCUUCCCCUCCAACCAACAGCCACCACCAUCACCACCACCAUGCCCACAGCGCUUACAACCCCUCCCACACCAGCCACUACAGUGACGGGGUGACCAGCGCCCCGGGCACCAUGAACCAUCCCUGUGGAGGCAGGCAGAGGAGCGCAGGCUAUGAGGACAUGCACCAGUGCAGUCUGCCCAAACCGGGUUUCCGGUUCACUCAGCUUCCUGAUAUGGGCAUUGGUUCACCCCCGCCACUGAUCCCCUCUAGACCAGGACCGCCACCUGGGACCUCACUACGACGCUCCACCCCUGAUGUUAGUCUGAAGCCCCGUGUGUCAGAGGCCUCAGACCUCCAGGCCCAGCAGCACAACGGCGCCCCCUACCUGCCGCUGUCCAGGACCCCCUUCCCUGCUGUUACUGUCGACCAGUCUAUUACCACCUACUCAGGAAACCCAAUAACAGCAGUCUACGCUAUAUCGUCCAACCGCCCGGGCUACUCGGACUACUUUGUCAUGUCGCCGCCGUCCUCGUACCGUAGCCCGUCCUGGAUGUCCUACCCACCCGAGCCAGAAGACCUGCCGAGGCAGUGGAACGACACGCCGAACUCACGUCACCUUGAAACCAUCUGCUGAAAUCGUCAACCUGUGACACCUGAGUGGAAACUCGGUGUCUCUUUGGGUAGAGGACCUCCUUCUCACAGAAGACUCUCUGGAGCUUUAUCACCACCCCCUCCCUUCAUCACCGGUGGAUCCCCUCUGCCCCCACCUUAUCUCCAACUGUCCCCUCGCUCCACUGGUCUGGCCUCCAUCUAUCCACUCUCAGCCCAUUUCAUCUGCAGCUCAAAGCAUUUCUCAUCCCUCAGAACUCCUCUGCCCUUUAAGCCCUCUCACCUGGUCAAAGCUCCACUUCAAUGUCCUUACCAAUGCAAAUGCUCAGCCAUAAAUCUCUCUCUCUCUCUCUCUCUCUCUGUAUUCUUUCUGCUCCCUGAGCCCCCGGGCCUCACCGGCCCUCACCGGCCCCUCUGGGCCCCUAGUCACUAUCUCUAUGUAGACUGCCUCUUCUGUAGUGACCACCACUGUACAGCCAGAGGCCCCCCAUCACGCUGCUGAACUGAACUAAGCGGGAGAUGAGCUGCGUGAAGCUGUACUGUGCUUCCCUGCCUAAACAACACACACGCACCUUCGUGUGUGUGUGUGUGUGUGUGUGAGUGUGUGCGCGCAGUGCGGGCGAACAGGGUGAGUACAGUACAGCGUGACAUGCAGUGCAGUGUGACGAGUUCUCUGCCCCAGCAAUCAUCGUACAGUAACAGCCAUCCGCCCGGCACACGAUGGCACUCGGCACUGCGUCAUCAGUACAGUAGUGCCCCGGCCGCGGCCAGUAGUCUACUCCUGUGAACUGGACUGGACUGGACCUUCCUGGACUUGCCCCCUAAGUCCACUCUGAAGCCAGGAAUGCUGGACUGACUUAAAACUGUGCUUUUCUUUUUCUUUUUCUUUUUUUCUUUUUUUUUUUGAUGAAUCCAAAUUCCUAUGUAAACCUUCUACAGCUGGUUAAUAUGUGUAUUUUAAACUUAAGUGACAAAAAAAAAAAAAUCAAAGGAAAAAGGAAAAAAAAAAAUCUUGUCUUGAGCUGUCUCAAUUUCAGUUUUUGGAUAUUUGUGUGGUUUUGUCUUUUACUUUUGUGCAUUGAUUAUUAUCAAUGGAUUACUGUACAAAAAAAGAUGUAGUGAGUGUUUCUCUUUCACUCACCUUAUUUCAAGGCAAAAAAAAAUAAUAAUUACAUUCUUUGAAGCAGAGAAAAUGGCGGCUUAGUUGUCUGUGGUUAUGAUGGCAUUUCUGUACUUUUAAAAAAGAAUUACUUCAUUUACCUUUUUCCUUCAUCAGAUUCAGUAAUGAAAACAAGAAUUAGUCACAAUGUUCUGUCGAUCAUCUGAUUAUGAAGUUUUGUCUGCUAACCAUUAGACGGACCUGGGUCAAAAACACACGCUGAAAUCCCGCUCACAUGCAGUUCUGUGACUUGUAGCUUUGCAGUCGCUGCAGAGGUUUGACAGAUUUUAACGCCUUGGGAUUAAAAACAAAACAUUCACAUAUACGAUGAGUUGGAUUAGAGGUGAUUUCAAUUGUUGUUUGACUCGGGUCUGUUGCAAUUAUGUGAACACACCAGUAUUCUUAGAAAAAACACUUCUUUUACUUGAAAGGUGUCUACUGUAUAAGGAACUUUGACUUUUGGUUAUUUUGGUCUUGAUGGAGAGGGAUGAAUAUGUGGUCGCUGGAAUAUGGUAUAGUACUGUUCAAGAGAUUUGCAGGGCUUGGAUGAGCCGUGUAUGUAACAAUUAAAUGUAUUACUGUAUAUAGCAGAUGAUUUAACAAAGAGAUUUAUGCAAGUAGUGUGGGAGGGAAACUUUGCUUGACGUUGUUCGGAUGCCAUUUUUCUUCCUUUUUUGGUUUCUCAGCGUUUACGAUGAAGGACUGUUUUUGAAACUUUCUGAAGGAUGCACACAUUUCAGUAUCAUCUGGAUCAUCGUGGUUCAUAGUGUUGCUAACACAGAACUUAAAAUAUUACAGGAAACAUAUUACAAAAAGGAACAGAUGGAGAGUUUAGAGUGACAUGUAGAGCAGAUCUAACCCUGCAUUUACAGUAUUCUUUAUGUUUAAACCUAAUAUAGUCUUAUAGUCUAAACGAUGUAAAUUUUAGUACAAAGAAUGUCACAGUCUAAAUUAUAUUUACCCUCAUUUUUUCUGAGGACAACUGGAAAUCUAUGAGCACACUGUACGUUAGGCUUCUCAUCGUGUAGAUGGUACCAAAGGAGAUUAUAGCCAUAUAUUAACUUCACCAAGUGGACAAAAAAACAGCGAAGAUAUACAGUGUUGUAUCAAAAGUGGCAAAUGAUACCAAAUGAGAGUAUAUUAGAUAGGGACUGAUGAGGCAGAACGGAUAGAUAGUAUAGAUAGAAAUGUAAAGAUAGUAAGUUUAGUUUGAAAUGAAAUGAGCACUUUUGUAAAGGGGCCAAACCAUGACAGAAAAAAAGCAAAAUCAAUGCAAAAAUGCUGUUGUAUAGCAUGAAAUAUUCUGAUUCUAUAGAUGUAUAAAACAUACAUAAGUGCAAAGCUGUACGGGCAUAAUCAGAAGAAAAAACGUUUUUAAAUAUCCAGCUUAUUUAUGACGCCCUUUUUUUUGACCCAUAGACAGGGCUGUACACCAAGGAUGUGUGCACAGUAUUAAAUUAGAGAAUUGAAGCUUCUAACGACUUGAGGGGUAAUGUGCAUUAUACAAUAACACAAAAGUUACACAUAGGGAAGUUUUAAAGCCAGAUUUUUAUUUAUUUUUUUUUUAGAGUCAAAACUCUUAAAUUUGACUGUUUUUAGGAGAAAAACAUAAACACACCAGCUUUGAAACAAAUAAAUAAAUAUAUAGGAAGAGAAAAUUUACAGAAAAUAUAUUUUAACAAUGGAAGAAAUAUAGGAAAUGUGAGAACGAAUCUUUUCAGACUAUUUUGGUGGCUGGUCAAAAAUUUCUUAGGGGGGGUGGGGUUGCCGUGGGGGACAGUAUUUCUAAAAUCCCAUCUAAGGUCUUGUCUCUAUAUGUAUGGCUUCAAAUGCAAAUUCAAAAGGGAAUAUCAACUUAUAAAAUAUACCUAGAUACAUUUAAAAAUGCAAAUACAUCAUUUGAUAUUGUUUAAUUACGUGUCAAAUGACGCCUGUAUCUAGAAAGUAGCACAGGUAAGAAAUCGUCCUCUUCCAGUUGAGUUUAUUUAGGAUUCCUCUCUUUUCUGAAUUUAGGUCUGCACAUGAUAAAUGUUAGCUGUGGAUAUUUAGGGAAAAGAAAGCAAAGGUAUGAGAUCACAGUGCUAUCGGUGUUCAUCGUAAUAAUUACCAGAACAACCAUUGUAUUUUAAAUCAUACUCGGUGUAUAAACCCAUGUUUGGUUGAAGAAGAAACGCUUCCACUCAUGUCUAUCAUUUUAUUUGACUCCAUGUUAAAGAGAGGGGCGGGUGGAUUUUGGUUUUUCAGCAGUAAAUUGAGGGAGACUUGAUGCUAUGCUAUAAGUUGAUGUGCAAUGUUUGUGCUUUACACGGGUAGCGGCGAGAUGCUUUUAUUGAUGACGGACUCUGGGAUGGACCGACUGUCAGUAGUUUUUUUCUGCCGUUUGAGCCAUGUCACGAUGCUGUGAUGUCAUGGCGGCGCUGAUGAUGUCACACUGUCGUCACUCGGGUGUUGAUGAGGUCACAGUGACGACAACUAUGAAUGCUGUUGGAUGUAGUUAUGCAGAAAAAAUUUUGGUGAAUUUAAACAAUAAAGACAAUAAAUUUGUGAAAACAAACAUG